CCCACUGCGACAAAAUAUCCACUGGUGUUCCAUAUCUCGUUCAGCACUUCAGCCAUUCACCUUCCCUUGCAACCUUACAAAACAGUCUACCCGCAAGCGCGACUCCAUAAUUAUCCGGUGGGGUAAGGAUAGGUAGGUGAUCGUCGUUGCUGUGUCUUCGAUGAUUCCUUCAUCUUGUCUCAGCUUUCAAGUUCACUCCCAAACCUUUCCUUCUUUUCGCGUCUUCUCCUCACUCUCUGGCGCACAUCCACAAUGGUCAAUCUCAUCCUUCUGACGGUCUGCGGUGCGGCUCUUUGGGCCAUCGCGACUUUGAUUCGCGAUCUUCGAAUUAAUAUCGAGAAGGCGAAGAAGACGGGUUUACCAUAUAUGCUCGGACCAUUCAUUCCAAUCGGAUACUUCUUCCUGUUCGUCGCAGAAAUCUUGGGCCCAAUUGGUCGCGCAAUUCCAAUCGUCAAUCGCUGGGGGUAUCUCUAUCUCAUUGAUCGCCAAGUCUCCUGGUCGCAUCCUCGAGAAGCAGAAAACAAAUGGGGCGACACUUUCCUCAUCGUAACGCCAGGCAUGAUCUACCUCAAGACCUCGAACGCCGAACUCAUUACCCAAUUCACUGCUCGCAAAACCGAUUUCUUGAAACCGGACGGAUACAAGAUCGUGGAUCUGUUUGGCAGGAGCAUUCUGACACAAGAAGGGCAAGAAUGGAAGAGACAUCGAAAAAUCGUGGGGCCGAGCUUCAGUGAGAAGAGUAACAGGAUGGUGUUUGAAGAGAGCUUGAGGCAGACGGAGGGUAUGAUGGGGUUAUGGGCUUCGCAACAGAAAGCGUCGAAAGGAGAGCUGAAGGUUGGGAAUACGGCUGUGGACGCUGCAACAUUGAGUCUACAUGUCAUAUGCGCCGCUGGAUUUGGAGUACCGCAAUUAUGGCCACAAGAAGGAGAGGAGAAGCUGCUUGGGAAUGGCGUACCAGGCUUCAGCGAGCACGAGGCGAAGGGAUCACAUACUUUGACAUUCAAGGAUAGCAUAAAUCAGCUGUUGAAGAAGCUGAUGUGGUAUGUGCUAAUACCACCGAGCUUGCUAAAGAUAUCCCCAUUCAAGGUUCACCAAACAGCAUAUACCGCAUAUUCAGAAUGCAUGGCAUAUUUUCAUGAACUGUUGGAUAUCAAGAAGAAGCAGAUGUACCUUGGAGAAAGCGACAAAGGAACGAUGGACUUAUUAGGCCCAAUGAUUAAAGCAAACGAAGAAUCCACUACCUCAAGCACGUCCAAGACGCAACAAGCACCAACUCUAUCCACAGCAGAAAUCUUAGGAAAUUGCUUCAUCUUCCUAUUCGCCGGCCACGAAACAACGGCCAAUAAUAUCCACUAUACGGUCCUGGAGCUAGCAUUGAAUCCGAAGAUACAACGACAUCUGCAAGAAGAUAUCGACAAUAUAAUUGGGCCCGAGAAACCUAUCUCAGAAUGGUCGUAUUACGAAGACAUGCCAAGAUUAUACAAUUCAAUGGUAGGAGCCACGAUGUCGGAAGCUCUGCGUAUAGUCCCCGCCAUCUGCAACGUACCGAAAAUUACGACAGGCGAUCAAACAGUAACACUCGAUGGUCGACAAUUUGUUAUCCCAAAUGAGACAUUCGUGCAUCUAAACGUAGUUGGUAUCAAUCUAAAUCCAAGAUACUGGGGAGAGGACAGUUCGGUAUUUCGACCAGAACGAUGGCUUCCUAAAUCUGACGCGAAUGGACACGCCGAAAAUGGCGCCGUAAAGGAGAAUGGCAAUGGUCAUAUAGAGGAGAAAGUUGAAGCAGAUGGCUUGGAAACUACAUCCUUCGCAACAUCGACAUCUACAUCUCUCAUCACUCCCGUUAAAGGCUCCUUCCUCUCAUUCUCCGAUGGUCAGCGAGCUUGUCCUGGCCGGAGAUUCGCUCAAGUUGAGUCUACAGCUGUUCUCUCGGCUAUAUUCCAAAAGCACAGCGUCGAGCUCGAUGUCUCUGAUUUCGCAUCAGAUGAGGAGGUUGAGCGGAUGGGGAAGGAAGAGAGGAGAAGUGUGUAUGAGAAGGCGAGAAUCAGAGCAGAAGAGAUGAUUGCAAGGAGUGAGCAGAUGAUCACGUUGCAAUUGAGGGCUGGGGACGAGGUUCCUGUGGUCUUUAGACGGAGGGGUGAAGAGAGGUUCUUGGGGCUGUAUGAAUGAGAUCCUGGGAUAGGAUCGGGCUGGAGUUAAGAGUUGCAUAGCAGAUUUGUACAAUAGGAGACUACAUAGCGUUGACUAUACAUACG